CCAUCAUCAUCAUCAUCAUAUCGAAUGCAAUCAUCAUCAAUAAAUGGUCAUAUGAAUAACAAUAAUAAUAAAUUACCUACCGGUUUUUUAAACGAACUUGAGAAUAGUGUACGAAAUAAACAUCAACAACAACAGCAAAAAAUGUCAUCUAAUUUUGAUACCGGUCAAGGAAAUAAUAGUAAUAAAAAGAAUAAACGACAAGAUUCAACCACAACCGAUAUAAUGCCAUCAAACGAGAAUUCCAAAACGAUGCCACCAUCAUCACCGUCGACAUCAGCAUCGACACCAACGAACGAUGAAAAUAUCGAUAAAUUAUUCGAAAAACUUAUUCUGAAUGAAUAUAAUCUAAAAGAGGAGCAAAAAAAUAGCAUGCGUUCGAUGAGUAUCGAUAAGAAACGUUUGUUAAUCAAUCAGAAAUUGGUUUUGGAUGAAAAGCAGACAAAACCUCCUCAAGAAUAUGCAAAAUUUCUCAAGGAUAAUCAAGAAUCAAUACAUGCGAAAGAAUUACAAACAUUGAUUAAAUCAUUACGCGUUGAAUUGACCUGUAAAGAUGUUUCAUGGGUUCGAGAAUUCGGCACUAAUCAAGGCCAUAUUUAUUUAUUGAAUAUUUUGCGCAAUAUAAGCCAUGCACAACAUCAUGCGAAAAUGCCGACUGAUAAAAAACUUCCAGAAUUCAUGUUCAAUAUCAUCAUGUGUAUACAUUCGUUUAUGAACAUUCAGGUGGGCUUCAAUCAAAUAUUGGAAAAUGAACAAGCGUUUGUUAUACUAGUACAAUCAUUGAAUCCAUCAUGUUUACCAAAUAUGGCUAGAACCAUGGAACUAUUAGCGGCGGUCACAUUAGUAGAAAAAGGUGUAGAACGUGUCAUCAAUGCGUUUACUGAUACAGCAAUCGAAUCUGAUCGUGAACAUCAACGUUUUUCUAUCAUUAUCGAAGGUCUUAAACAUUAUGAUGACCAUAUUGAUGUCGCCUAUAGUGCGAUUCAAUUGAUCAAUGGUUUGAUAUUUAAUCAUGAAGAUUUUGAACAAAGAUUCCAUUUACGUUGCGAAAUUUACCGGACCAAAGAUCUUUCCGGUAAAAUCACAUUCCGUGAUAUUGCAAAUGAAAUGGAAAAAAGGUUAUUAAAAGAACGACCCAACGAUAAUGAGCAGGAUUCUGUAUCAUUGGCUAGUACCGGCACCAUUACGGGCAUCACAUCAGUAAAUAAUAAUAAUAACAAUAACCAGAAUUUUCGAGGAGCUACAAGAAUCGUAAUACAUAAGUCACCUCAACAAACUUUUUUGGAAUCAUUUCAAAUAUUUUUCAACAAUAAAAAUGAAGAUUUCGAUGAGAUGGCCUCUAGAUUUGAGAACAUCCGAAUCGAUUUCGAUAAUAUGGAUGAUUGUUAUAGAGUGCUGAGAAAUUCGGUGGUCAAUACACCUAUGGAAUCUGGUCUAUUAUCUAUACUACAGCUAUUGUUAUUCAUACGUGAUGAUCAAUACGUCAGGCCUGCUUAUUAUUACCUGAUUGAAGAAUGUCUCAUUCAGAUCAUGUUUCAUCCAUCCGGUGUUGAUCCUGAUUUUAGUCGCCGAUCACGAUUCGAGAUGGAUACAAACUUUAUGAUCGAAUCGAUUGUCAAACGUUUUAAAGACAGUGAAGGUUCAGCAUUGAGCUUGGAAUUGAAUCAAAAACUCGAAGAUGCACUCACCGCUAAAGUUGAAGCUGAGGCAAAAGUUGAACAAGAGAAAAAGAAUAAUCAAGAAUUGCAAGAAAAAUUGCAAAAACUCCAGGAAGCUUUGUCGAAAAAUGUUAGUUUUGACCAAGUUGAGUCAUCAAAUGUUCCGUCUGUGAUAUCUCCAGCAACAACAGCUGGCCCACCACCACCACCGCCGCCUCCCCCUCCUCCUCCUCCUCCCCCUGGAAUGGGUGGUCCAGGGCUUAUGCCACCACCACCUCCUCCACCGCCACCACCUCCAGGGAUGGGAGGUCCGAUUGGUGGACCACCACCACCACCACCACCUGGACCUCCACCUCAAGAAUUUCCAUUCAAUAUAAAACGAGCCAAAUUUGUACCCAAAAAGGGUUUGAAAAAACCAAUGUGGAAAAAAUUACAAGCUAUGAAAGUGAGCGAAGAUUCUAUCUGGGUACAAAUGAAUUCCGAUGAUGUUUACAUGAGCGAUGACAUCAUUGAUUCAUUAGUGAAUAAAUUUGCCAGUACCAAUGUUGCCAUGACACAUAGUGGUGCCAAAGGCCAAGAUGCCGAUAAUAUUGAUCGUGGUGAUUCACAGGAUGGCUUAAUCGAUUCAUCGAGCUUGGGCGAUGCAGCAGGUAACCAUGGAACAAGUGGUCGUCAAACACCGUUACAUUCACGUAAACAUCGUCAAUGUCGUGUGCUUGGUGAUAAAACUGCACAGAAUCUUUCCAUUAUGUUAAGCGUUUCGAAACGUUCACCUGAAGAUUUCAAAUCUGAUGUUCUAUCUAUGAACGAAGAUACUCUUACUGAAAGUCUUGUUGAUCAAAUCAUUCAUUAUCUACCAUCAGCAGAAGAAAUUAAAAAAUUGGAUGAACAAGCUCAGCAUAUUCAUUUGGAUGAAUUUCAUCCAGCCGAAAAGUUUGCUUAUAUGCUUGGAUCCAUCAAAAAUCUCACCAACAGACUGAAAUCAUUUUUAUUUAAAUUAAAAUUCAAUGAAACAUUAGCAGAAGUAAAGAAAGAUAUUGUUUCAUAUACUAUGGCUUGUGAAGAAGUAUUGACAUCGAAACGUUUUGCACAAGUAAUUAAAUUGACUCUUGGAAUCGGAAAUUAUAUGAAUGCCGGAUCAUAUAAUGCUCGGGCUAUUGGUUUUGAAAUAAGUUUCUUACCGAAAUUAAUAUCAACAAAAACUAACGAUAAUAAGUCAACAUUAUUACAUUUUAUCGCACAAACGAUGGAGGAAAAAUUUCCCGAAUCAAUGCGUUUCUAUGAAGAUCUUCAUCAUAUGGAUAAAGCUGUUAGAGCAUCACCGGAAACAAUUGCCAAAACAUUGGGAUAUUUUCGCACCAGUUUACGAGCAUUAGAAUUGGAUCUAAAAACAUUUAAACCACAUUCAAAUGAUGAUCGUUUUGGUGAAGUAAUGACAUCAUUCAGAGAAUUAGCACAAGAACAAUAUCAAUUAUUGGAUGGAAUGCAUAAAAAAAUGGAAAACACUUAUGUUGAAAUAGCUAAAUAUUUUUCAUUUGAUCAAAAACAAUAUUCAAUGGAAGAAUGUAUAAAUGAUAUUAAACAAUUUAAAGAUCAAUAUUUUCAAGCAUUAUCACAGAAUCAACAGCAUAGAGAAAUUGAGGAAAAAAAUCGUCGUGCUAAAGAAGCAAAAGAAAAAGCAGAAAAACAACGUCGUGAACGAAUAUCACAUAAAAUUGAUCUAACCAAAACCGAUGGAAUGGAUCAAGGUCUUAUGGAACAUUUAUUAAAUUCAUUACAUACUGGUUCAGCGUUUGCCCAACAUAAACGUAAACGAACCAAAGCAGUUACACCUCAAGAUCGUCGUCAACAAUUAAGUCGUACACGUUCACGUACAUCAUUAGAAAUACGUAAUUCAAUUGGCAAUAGUAAUAAUAGUAGUAGUAGUAAUGGUGGUGGUGGUGGUUCAGAAUUUAUGGUCGUUUCUUCCAAUAAUAAUGUCAAAUAUUGAUUGAAUUAAAUUUGUCGAUAUUUUUUUUCAACAAAAAAUAAACGCACAUGCCAUUUCAUUUACACACUUUAAAAAUUCAUAUUACAUUACAUAUUGUUCCUUGAUAUAUUGAAAACACAUUGUUUAUAAAAUCAUUAAAAUUCAUAUUUUUGAAAAAAAA